AUGUCUAGGGCAAAAGAUAGCAAAAUGACAAAAACUGAGACUGACUCCGAUGACGAUGAUGACCUACAAAUGAGGAUGCUCUUAGAAGCCGCCGAUCCCACGCUCCUCACAAAUGAUAUGUUCAAAAAACCAAAGACACAAACUCAGCCAUCGACAACCAUUCAAUUGGAUUCAACAGAAAUGGGGACUGCAAGGAAAAUGCCUAAAACUGAACGGUACCUGGAUGAGCAGUCUGUUGCAGCUGCCAGCGAUCUGCAGGUCAGCAAGGAAAUGCAGACACACAUUUGGGGGAAACUAAGCGCAAUUAUUCAAAACCAAAUAGAAUUUUGUGAGCCCAAGCAGCAAAUCCACUGUGAAUCACAAGAAAAACAGUUAACUUGGACCAAUCAAGUGAAACUAGUUGCCAAUGCCGAUUGCUAUAUCGUUGAUACCAUCGAGGAGGAAGCACUGCCGCGAAAGAAACCCACAAUCAAGAGGCGACUACCGGACGAAGAGAAGCCAUUGACAAGAGCUGUUGCAGUGGCAGCAGUUGCCGUCAGCGGCGAAUCCAUACUGAACGGCAAGGAUAUGAAAUACUGGGCUGAGACACGUAAAUCCCGCAAAGACAAACUCUACAAAUACAAGGCAGGUGUCGGGCGGGGUAACAUUCUCACCCUCAUCGAGGACAGACGCGAUCCGUGAAGUUCGACUCCAAGAUUACAAAAUAAAAUAACAAAAAAUUAGC